GAUUAUAGUGAUCUACGUUCAAUUCUGUGAAGUGUUUAUAAAGCCAAAAUCCAACAAAGCCACAAACAAGUUUAUGUGUUUGAGACAUGAUUUGAGAGCCUCUUACGUCCCUGUCUUCGUAUCCAUGACGUAUUACGCACGCCCCGCCCCCUCGUUGAAUUCGGCUUUUGUUCAGUUGGGGAAAGCUAAGGUGUUGCUAGCAAAGAAAGAGGAUCAACGUUUCGUGUUUGCACAUAAGAUCGUUUUAUUCUCAGCGGACAAUUAAAAGCUUGUCGAAUCAACAAUGAGCAAGAGGAAAGCGCCACAGGAAUCCCUAAAUGAGGGAAUAACAGACUUUCUUGUUGAGCUGGCCAACUACGAGAAGAAUGUCAACAGGGCAAUACACAAGUAUAAUGCUUACAGGAAAGCAGCAUCUACAAUCUCGAAAUACCCGAACAAAAUCAAAAAUGGAGAAGAGGCCAAGAAACUGGAUGGUGUUGGAGCUAAAAUAGCAGAAAAGAUUGAUGAGUUCCUGCAAACUGGCAAACUAAGGAAACUGGAAAAAAUUCGAAAUGAUGACACCAGCUCUUCCAUCAACUUCCUCACCAGAGUUACUGGAAUCGGCCCAGCUGCUGCAAGGAAGUUUUAUGAGGAAGGGGUGAAGACACUAGAAGAUCUGAAAAAUAUUGAGCACAAGCUAAACCAUCAUCAACAGAUUGGACUCAAGUACUUUGAGGAAUUUGAGAAAAGAAUUCCACGUUCCGAAAUGGAAACAAUGGAGACACUGAUUCUUGCUGAGUUGGAGAAAAUUGAUGCAGACUAUAUUGGAACAAUCUGUGGAAGCUACAGGAGAGGAGCUGCAUCGAGUGGUGAUAUUGAUAUAUUGUUGACUCACCCAGACUACACCUCUGAGACUGAGAAACAGCCUAAACUCCUCCAUAAAGUAGUCGACUUCUUCGAGUCCCUUGGGUUCAUAACUGACACGCUCUCCAAAGGAGACACCAAGUUCAUGGGAGUCUGCCAGCUGCAGCAGAGUGAUGAAGAUGAAGAAGAAUACCUUCACAGGCGUAUUGAUAUCAGGUUAAUUCCCAAGGACCAGUACUACUGUGGGGUUCUGUAUUUCACUGGAAGUGAUAUCUUCAAUAAAAACAUGAGAACUCAUGCUCUGGAGAAAGGCUUCACUCUGAAUGAGUACACCAUAAGACCACUUGGAGUCACUGGUGUGGCAGGAGAGCCUCUGUUGGUGGACAGUGAGAGAGACAUCUUCGAAUACAUCCACUACAAAUACAGGGAGCCGAAAGAACGCAGCGAGUGACGCAAAGGAAUGGCUAAUACUGACGUGUGUGUGUUUGAAGCUCCAAAUAAGAUCAUAUGCUUGGUUUCAAAUGUGUGUCUUAGCAGUUCAUUUUUAGAAUCUUUUGUUAAAAUAUUCCCCAUUUGUAUUUUUUUAUCUCAAUGUGUACACAUACAAUGAAGAAAAAAUAUUUGGUUUUACUUUAAAUGUAAUCAUACAUGCUAUCAAUACCAAGGCAUUUGGUAUCAGAUUUUAAACAAGUUGUUAAUCAUGCUAAACAUGGAUUCACAUGAGAGGGGUUACUUUAAUGCAGAGUGGCCUCUUGUACAAGUGUUACUUUUUCAUAAUGACAAAUGAGGGCCACCAUCAUUGCUGUAUUUUCACAGUCAUGCCAUUUAAGACAUUGGCUGAGUUGUGUGAACAUGUAAUAAGGCAUUGUUACACACGAGUAUUAUUGUAAUACCUUUUUUUUUUACCUGCUUUAUGUCAUUCAACAUUUUGAGAAGAAAUACUCAGAAAAAUUGUGUCUCGUGGUCUUAAUUUCUGCUUACAGACAAUAAUUUGGUACAAAAUGAUACAUAAUUCUUAAAGAUUCAAGAAGAUUCUUUCAUCUUUUUUAUUGAUUGAAUAGUAAUGUUACACUGGCAGACAUGGUGCAUUUGUCUUAUGCGGUUUGAGCAAGAACAAUUGUGUUUGCAUCACCAUGCAAAGUGUAUGCUUUUGUUCUUGUGGUUAAAAGUGGUAGAGUAAUUUUGGUGCUCUUCAGGAUCCUCUUUGAUAGCAACAGAUGAAAGUUAUGAAGCAACUGAAUCCUGCAGCAGUUUAUGUAGGUGAAAUUUUAGGGACUGUGACUUUGAUUCCGUCUUGAUAUAGGGGAACUGUUACGAAAAAAGAUGGGAAACUUUAUGGUUAUGUGGGUGUGCUAAGUCUGUUACCAAACAGUUAAGUUUGAGUGCAUGGGCAAAAUAAAUGGAUUGGAGAUGG